UGAUUUCUCUAUGCAUGUGAUUGUGUUCCUCUAGAUCAGUGCUUUGUUGUCAGAACUCUAACCGUGGACCAUACCGCAGAGAAUCCUGUUUCCUUUCUCCCUCCUCUUCCUUCCAGUGGCUGGGUCUCAGUGGUGCUCUCAGUAAAAGAAUCCGCCAUUGAUGCAAAACUUUCUUGUUGUACCCAUUUGAACAAAAUCGCGCCUUUCUUAGUUUUUUUAUGAUACGUUAAUGAGCAUUCUGCAUGUAUGAAGCGGGUCAAGAAGAAUUCGGAUGGUGAUCCAGGAUUCAACCCGGAUCCUGAUAGCCACAGUGUGUCGAGAGAUGUGGAUAGGAAAUGCGUGCUCAACCUGAUGAGGCUGAUGGGUAUUUUUGUGGCUCUCUUGAUGCUGAUCUCGGUUCUGUUUUCUAUCUCUAUAGUAUUUAAAGACCCGCCAUCUGAUAAUGUUUUGGAAUCCAAAGAGGCUAGGGUUCUUGAACUGAUACCCCACCUAGAUUCAAAAGCUGAUGUCUCCAAGCCUGUUGAAUUACCGAAAGAAAAGCUUCUUGGUGGCCUUCUUGCCACUGGAUUUGAUGAAAGAUCGUGCCUCAGCAGGCAUCAGUCAAAUUCAUAUCGUAAAGAACUACCACAUAAACCUUCUGCCUACCUUAUCUCAAGGUUACGAAGUUAUGAAGCUCUCCAUAAAAGAUGUGGACCCUAUACAGAAUCCUAUAACAAAACCUUAGAACAACUAAAGUCUGGAGAUCAGGCUCAAAGCACAGAUUGUAGAUAUGUAGUGUGGGUUUCCUUUAGUGGAUUAGGUAACAGGAUAUUAACUCUAGCAUCAACUUUUCUUUAUGCUGUCCUUACAAACCGGGUUAUAUUAGUGGAUCCUGGAGUUGACAUGGUUGAUCUUUUCUGUGAACCAUUUCCAGAAGUGUCUUGGUUUCUCCCAUCAGAUUUCCCCCUUAAAAAUCAGUUCAACAACUUUGAUAAAAAAUCUCCGCACUGCUAUGGCAGAAUGUUGAAGAAUAACACUUUCACAAAGUCUAGUGGACAGAUAAUUCCACCUUUUGUUUAUCUUCAUCUAGUCCAUGAUUAUGAUGAUUAUGACAAACUUUUCUUUUGCGAUGAGGAACAAACUUCACUCCAGAAAAUACCUUGGUUGAUUGUGAAAACAGAUAAUUACUUUGUUCCGUCUCUCUUUCUGAUACCUUCAUUUGAGGAAGAACUGAGUAAUCUGUUCCCAAGAAAAGAAACAGUUUUCCACUACCUGGGACGAUACCUCUUCCACCCCACUAAUCAUGUCUGGGGAUUUAUUACUAGAUACUAUCAAGCGUAUUUGGCUAGAGCAGAUGAAAGGAUAGGAAUCCAAAUCAGGGUCUUUGACACUGGAACUGGUCCAUUCCAGCAUGUUUUAGAUCAGAUCCUUGCUUGUACCUUGAAGGAGAAACUACUGCCUGAAAUUGACAGGGAAAAGCAUGCCAUAGGUCAAUCUAGAAAUCAUAAAACAAAAGCUGUUUUGGUUACAUCUUUGUCCUCUGGGUACUUUGAGAAAAUCAGAGACAUGUACUGGGAACAUCCAACUCUGACAGGGGACAUAAUAGGUGUUUAUCAGCCAAGUCACGAAGAGUAUCAACAAUCGGAGAAGCAAAAUCACAACCAGAAAGCUCUGGCUGAAAUGUACAUGUUGAGUUUCUGUGAUGUUUUAGUCACAAGCUCGUGGUCAACAUUCGGAUACGUAGCUCAGGGACUUGGAGGUCUGGAGCCAUGGAUCCUCUACAAGCCUGAGAACAGAACUGCCCCUGAUCCACCAUGCCAUCGAGUAAUGUCAAUGGAGCCCUGUUUUCAUGCCCCUCCUUUCUACGAUUGCAAGUCUAAAACAGGAGUUGACACAGGUGCGCUUGUUCCUCAUGUAAGGCAUUGUGAGGAUAUGAGCUGGGGUCUUAAACUUGUUGACAAGGAGGAGUUCUAACCAUAUAUUGUCUGUGGCUUUGCUCUGCUGAAAAAGUGCCUAUAGGAAUUAUCCUCCCCUAUUUUUGUUGUACCAUAUAGAGUCAGUUAACUUUGUAUAAUCAUAUCUUAAUUAUUUCCAUUCAAUAUAUUGUUUAAAUGAGUGCUUGUGGAACGACUCAUUUUAAGGUGACAGAAAUUUUUGUUGACGCUGCUGCAUUUCUUCUACUGAGUUGUAAAACUGCUAUUAAAAUAGCUUUCGGUAAAA